GGCGGUUUGACAACUGCUUGUAAAUUGUAAGAUUAAAAAUUUUGUUAUUUAUAUAUGAAAUUUAACAAAUAAUUAUACAAUAUUAAUUUUAAUAAAAUAAAACAUGUUAUUAACAUUAAAACCAGAUCAUAAGAAACAUGUAUUACUUCUUACAGAUUAUACACCGCAAGUUUUACAAGAUUUUUGCAAAUUAGCUUUAGAUUAUUUGCAAAAAGGACCAAAUAUUAAAUUAUAUAAUGCAGCAGCUCAAAAAUUAGAAAUUGAAGUAAGUUUAAUUAAAAAUUCAGUUGAAGGACUUGUUAAUUUAUUAAUAGAGAGUUGUAGAUAUAAGUUAAACUCUGAAGAUUUUAGAGAUUCUAUAAUAUCUUUAGGUUUUUCAGAACAGCAGGAAAUUAUAUUAAGUAAAUUAUAUAAUGUUAAAAAAGAUGAAAUAUUAGAUACACUUAAGAAUAUUGGAUUUAAAUUACCAAAAUACCAUGACAUGGAAUGGAGAUUUGAAGUGCAGAUUGCAUCAAGAGCAUUAUUAAAGCAAGUUGCUCCACUUAUUACUUUGGAUUUAUCUAUAAAAAAUUCUGAUAAGGAUGAAAAUAUUGAACAUAUAUUACUUCAAACUGAUCCUAUUAAUUUAUCAUAUAUAACACAACAAUUAGAAGAAGCUGUACAAGAAGGGUACAGUCAACAUAUUCGUAGACUUUCAAGAGUCAUAAAAUGAUAAUACUAUAUAUGUAAUGUAAUUAAAUUUUAUGCAAUAAAGUAUAUAGAUAUUAUAAAA